AUGGAAGUGUUACCGGAGGUGGAAAGUGAGGAAGACGCGACUCUGACAGAUGAUGAAGAAAAGAAGGGGUUUUGGGAACUGGAGAGCAGCCUUAAUAACAUACGAUUAACUCCAGACUUUCCACACAUAAUGAAACCAAGGACUCCAGUGGAACUUUCAAGAUAUCCGUCUUCAUACAAGCAGAAUUCCUCACAGGAGACGCUCAUGCUGGCCAUGGCGGAAAACUUCCGUCAGCAGUUUGUGCUCCUGUAUCCUGAUAGAAAAGCACUUCUGCUGAGUCCUGUAAAUGAAUGUGGUGUUCAGAAAUUUGUAAGCACCACCUUGCGAAGCUCCUUAUUGCCAUAUCCUGAGCUUUACGAUUGGGAAGGAUGUGCCAGUUUUGUGUCUGAUUAUCUCUCAUUGGAACUUUUAGAUCCACCAUUUGAACUUCCCAAGCAGCUGUCAUCCCCCACCCGUGUUCUGCAGACUCAGAGAGGCACAUGUUUUGAGUUCUCUAUGGUGUUGUGUAGUCUGUUGUUGGGUGCAGGAUUCAAUGCUUACUGUGUCAGUGGAUACGCCACUAAAGAGAUGUGUCUGCUUGAUCAGUCCCGACAGGACUGUCCCCUGCUGAAACCUCCAAAACAGGAUAAUGCAGAGGAACCAAAGAAGACAGUAAAGAAAUACUCUGUAAAACCCCCACAUGACUUGCACAGCGCCUUUGAAAAACAUCAAGAGGAGAAACAGCAAGCAAAGGUUAAAGCAGAUGAACUAAAGAAACAACAGGAGGAAGAGAGACUUCGAAAGGAGCAAGAACGUCCACCGCACGACCCUCUUCUGGGCUUGAGGGUUCACAGCUGGGUUCUGGUGCUCUCAGGAAGCCGUGAGAUACCUGAAAACUUCUUCGUUGACCCUCUGACAGGAAAAGGUUAUUCGACCACCAAUGAGAACUUUGUGGGUAUAGAGAGCAUCUGGAACCAUCAAAACUACUGGGUCAACAAGCAAGACUGCUCUUUUGGUUGUGGGAGUAUGACGUUUGACUUGGGUGACCUAUCAAAGUGGGAGUAUAUGCUGUGUGGACUUACCAGCCAAUCUGUGUCCAUCAGUUCAGACCAAAAACCACCCCGAGAGCCGGAAGACGAGGAAGAAGAGGAAAUUGAUGAGCUGAAGGCAUUUGAAAUGCCUCCAUCUUGGGUGACUAAAAUAGAUAUUUCACCUCCAGAUAUGGAAAUGCGUUAUCCAGGGGGUAUGAAAACUCUCCAGUACAGGAAAGCCAAGCUGGAAAAGUUUGCGCCAUACCUUCUGAAAGACGGUCUGGUGACCAAACUUACCACUUAUAAAGACCUUGAAUGCACUCAACCCAACACUAUAAAGGAAUGGUUCAAACAUCGAAGUGAUCAUCUUGAGGAGAGGGAGCUACACACAGACAGUAAUCUGACAACGGAGCAUUUCAGACCUGGAAGAAGUGAUGCUCUAAAAUACCACAGGUACAUGACUUUAGUUCCUGAGACUGAGCGUCAGAUGGACUUUUAUGAUCAUACUCGCACUGAUGGACUAGCCAGAAGAAUCGAAAAGCCUUUUGAAAUGACUGAAACCUUUGAAGACCGGACUGACUUCCUCAUUUAUCGUCAUGUUGUUUAUGGAAAGCAAAUCAAAGUGAUUCGAGCUGGAGAGGCUCUUAAUCAAAGGCCUAUAAAGAGUGUGGAGGAGCAGUUCCACAGAGAUCCUUCUAAACCUGCAAGUAAAGAUGUGGCUAAAAGGAACUUCAAGAUGUCGGACAGAAAGAUUCAGGUGACCUAUCAUCUAGAGGAUGACAGGAUCAUCCCAGCAUGGAUGAACUUCAUCAAACCCAAAGAAGCAGCAGACUCACAGAAAGCACAAGAUUUUACUCCUGAGAUGGUGUCUGGCUUUCAGAUUGAUCCUUUUGCAAAACCCUACAAAAACUUGCAGCUCUAUGAAAUUCUUUUGGAACUGAUGAGAGACGAGGAGAAUGUUGAACUUCAAAUCAGAAAUUCAGAAAAAGAGGUUAAGUCUAUCCUUUCUUCAAGAGAAACAGAGGACAGUAAUACUGAUCUGCAGAUCUCCAUCUACAACACUACAAGAAACGAGACUGCUCGUCGGCACAUGGAGGAAAAGGAACGCAAGGCUAAAGAAAAGCAGAAGCGGCAGAAAGAGAAUGAGCUGGACCUCUUGGCUCCUUUCCAGGCCCGACUAGAACAAACACAAUCCUUCUCUCACCAGGACGCACUUCAGUUGAAGAGAGACUGUUUGACAGAAUUUAAACAACAACUCACCAACAAAGCUAACCUCAUCCAGAGCAGAUUCGAACAGGAGACAGAAGAGCUACAGAAGAAACAGCUGUGGUACCAGAAGAACCAGCUCACUAUGACCACAGAGGAUGAGGAAGAUUACCUCAAAUACUGCUCUGAAGCCAUGUUCAGGAUCCAUGUUCUCAAACUGAGACUUAGUCGACAGAAGGAGAGAGCGCCUCAGAGGUAUCUGGCACUGGAAGAGAAACUAAAAAGACAUCCAAAGUUGGCUAUGGACUCUUGAUUUAAGAUGUGUAAUUUUGUAUUGAAAUCUUAAGACAGCAUUUUUAACACUUAAUACUUAUGACCCAACAAGACCCAAAUAAAUGUUUUCAUUGCAUCAUUUA